AUGAGACUCCUCCCCCAACUCGUCGCCGCACUCGCUAUCCUCCCCGGGGCUCUAGCAGUUGAUCAGAAGCGGUCGGCAAUCAUUUGGUUCGACGAUCCGAAAACACCCGACUCCGUGGUCAACGAGGCCAAAGAGUCCAUAGUCAAAGCCGGCGGCAAGAUAACCCACAUUUAUACAAUCAUCAAGGGGUUUGCCGUCGUUGCUCCCGAGAAGGUCCUAGAAAGCGUACAGGUCACGGCAAGCAAGAGUCAAUACAAAAUGCGGGUCGACAACGAUGAGAUGGUAUCCAGCCAAGACUGA